AUGGACCAUUAUGAUAAGAAUUAUUUGGCGAAUAUCGACCGAUUGGUUGCGGUUACUGAUAGCGAGCUUUUCGAAAAUGUUGUGACACGUGUAUACCAGCGCAAGGAAUAUAUUUUUAAAAAGAAGAGUGCAAAUAAGCAGCCUCACUAUCGUAUACCCAGAUUGGCCGCCCUAAAGUGCACUGCUUCUGAAUUGGAUGCACGAAUACAGGCACUUAAUUUACCGGAUGAUAUUGCUAUCUACGGGAUUGCUAUUCCGCACCCCGGUUUUUGGUGCGAACACGAUGAACCGUUUGACAGCAAGAAUAAGGAUGUUAAUACAGUUAGACGACCGUCUUCACCAGUGGGUUCGGAGCAAAUGUGCGAAGAAAGCCACCGUGAGGAACGUAAUAUGCAUUCACAUAUAUCCUGGAAGUCCCUCGGAAUUCGUUUUAUGAGGAACGUUAACCGAUGGUCGGAUGAAGAAUCAAGCUCAGAGGAGGAGGAUGAGGAAGCGUUAUAUGUGAAGAAAAUUAAACCACACAGUGUUGCCGCAGGACGCCUCAUUAUCGAAAUUCGCGCCCCCCUGUUCGUCGAACUGGGCGACAACCAUCUCCACCUAGAGCCGUGUGAUGAUAGCGUCGCCGUCGUUACCUUGCCGAUUCUGAAGGCCGUAUUCCGAUUCGUCACAACGUCCUUCGAUAUAGCUCCUUUCGUAAAGUAG